AUGUCAGGAACCCCUACGAUUUUCUCCCUUAUUGAAGACUCACAGAAGCAUGCGAUCAAUCAUGCUAACCCAGCUACCCGGACUCGUGCUUCUAUUGCCACCACCAAAGGUUCUGCUUUUCAUACAUCCUCUCAAAAAGCCACAUGGAUUAUUGACUCAGGUGCUACAGAUCACAUGACAUUUGAUCAUGGCCAACUUAUUAGUCUUAAAUCAUCCACUCCGUCGAUGGUGUCUAAUGCUAAUGGUACCUCAUCCCUUAUGGACAUCCUCAUAGGAAUGACGAUUGGUUGUGGUACUCGGCGAGACAAACUCUACUACUUGGAUUGGGCACCAGAUAGUGAGACCAAGGGGCUUGCUAAAAUUGCCACUCCAGCAAGAGCUCGAUGGUUUAUCACGUUUAUAGAUGAUUGCACACGCAUGACUUGGGUUUCCCUUCUCAAAACUAAAAGGGAAGUCAGUUCCAGGUUUAAACAAUUUCAUCGAAUGGUAGAGACUCAGUUUCAUGCUAGAAUUCAGGUUCUUUGUUCUGACAAUGGCAGAGAAUUUCUCAACCGUGAUCUUAACCAGUUCUUACAAGACCAUGACAUCAUACAUCAACGUUCAUGCCCUACACUCCCCAAUAGAAUAGAGUGGCUGAAAGAAAGAACAAACAUUUAUUUGAAGUAG